AUGGCUGCUCCCCAGGAACCUCUGACCUUCAGGGAUGUGGCCAUCUACUUCUCUCAGGAGGAGUGGGAAUACCUGGACCCAGCCCAGAGGGAACUGUACGUGGCCGUGAUGUUGGAGAACUACAGGAGUCUGGUCUCCCUGGGCCUUGCUGUCUCUAAGUCAGCUCUGGUCACUUUUUUGGAGCAAACGAAGGAGCUGUGGGAUGUGAAGGGGAAAAAGACAAUACCCAUCUGCCCAGCUGUGUCCUCUGAAGACAACCAGGAGUUUCUGCAAAAGCCGGGAAGAAAAGAUUUGUUCUCUCAAAUAAUACUGAAUGCAGAUCAUGGAGGCAGACGUUACCAGUGCGGUGAACACUGGAGAAACUUACACCAAGAGUCAAAUGCUAAUACACAUCAAAGGACUCAGCAUCCAGCAAACCAUUAUGAGGGUGGGAGAGUAUCUGACCAAAUGCCAAAGCACAAUGAAGAUCAGGUCUUACUGUACACAAGAGAAUUUAUACUGGGGAGAAACCAUACCAAUGUAGAAAAUGUGGCAAAGCUUUUAGCAAGUCUUUAAACCUUACUAACCAUCAGAGAAUUCAUAAUAGAGAGAAGUCCUAUAAAUGUACAGCAUGUGGAAAAACCUUUAGCCAGUCUUCAAACCUUAUUCACCAUCAGAAUUCAUACUGGAGAGAAGCCCUUUAAAUGUACAGAAUGUGGGAAAACCUUUAGCCAGUCUUCAAACCUUACUAGCCAUCAGAGAAUUCAUACUGGAGAGAAGCCCUAUAAAUGUUCAGAAUGUGGCAAAUCUUUUAGCAACCUUUCAAGCCUUACUAAGCAUCAGAGAAUUCAUACUGGAGAGAAGCCCUAUAAAUGUUCAGAAUGUGGCAAAUCUUUUAGCCAGUCUUCAAACCUUACUAGCCAUCAGAGAAUUCAUACUGGAGAGAAGCCCUAUAAAUGUUCAGAAUGUGGCAAAGUUUUUAGCAACCUUUCAAGCCUUACUAAGCAUCAGAGAAUUCAUACUGGAGAAAAGCCCUAUAAAUGUUCAGAAUGUGGCAAAUCUUUUAGCCAGUCUUCAAACCGUACUAGCCAUCAGAGAAUUCAUACUGGAGAGAAGCCCUCUAAAUGUACAGAAUGUGGGAAAGCUUUUAAGAACCUUUCAAGCCUUACUAAGCAUCAGAGAAUUCAUACUGGAGAGAAGCCCUAUAAAUGUUCAGAAUGUGGCAAAGCCUUUAGCCAGUCUUCAAACCUUACUAGACAUCAGAGAAUUCAUACUGGAGAGAAACCUUAUGAAUGUGGAAAAUGUGAUAGAACCUUUAACCAACGUUAA